UUGGAAUUUUUGCAAGUUUUUUGUUUGGAUUUAAAGUUGUUGUUGAGAGAGAGAGAGAGGGAGAGAGAGAAGAAAGGGAGGCUGGGUAACAAGAGAAGAAGAAGAAGAAAACGACUAGAGUGAGGGAAGAAACGCGCUCUUUCAAAACGUGUUAUUUUGGGAGAUUUCAUCAUUUUCUGUAGAGAGAGAGAUUUUCAUCUUGACUUGACUUCCUACUGCGAAUUAACAAAAAGAACGGCCAAGAAAAAGGCUUGUCGUUUGUGGGCAGAGUUCGAGAGUAGAGCAGUUUUCCUUUUUGCCAACUCUUUUCAAAAAACGACUGCGGAACUUGCGUCAUCAUUUUGUUUUAUUGGUUUAUUGGGCUCCCCCCCCAUUUUUUUCAUCUUGCAACUUGUUGCUUUCUCUCUUCUUCUUCCCUCCCAUAACGUUACGAUCGCUUUUAUUUUCUUUCUUUUGUUCUUUUGGGCGUAUUCGUUUCUACGCUCUCAAAGAAGACGGAAAACGAGAUAUUACGCAUCAUCACACAUUACGGGUUUUACGCAUUAGUGUUGCUUUCUUGCUUUGAACGCGGAUCGCUCUUCUGUUUUUCGGUUAUCGAGCCUUGGAUUGUGUGAUUUCCCUCGUUUUCCCCAUUCUUGGUAUUGUGUGUUGGAUAUCCAUCCAUUCAUAUAGCCUCGCUACCGAUUUUUAUUUCGCCUUUCUCGUUCAACAGCGUUUGCCGUGUUUUUUUUCCUGCGCACAUUUCCCGUGUGCGUGUGUGCGUGAUAUUACCGUCGUUGUCCUUCAACGACCGAUUCCUUGUACAGUCCAACAGAAAACUAGUCUCCCUACUUUUCAAACAUGGCUACAGUGUGGAGAAAUUCUGGCGAUAUGGAAGGAAGCUCAUUGACGCCUGGACGAAUGAGUCCAGGCUUGUGUUCUCCCGUCGUCAACUUUAGCAUGGCAAGACCAUCGUCAGCGAGGUCGCCCAUGGAGUCGACAUCAAAAGGCACAAAUGGAAACAUGGAUUAUUUUUCAUUGAAUCGAAAUUCCUCUCACCCAGCUGCAACACCUGCCACACACAUCAACCUUCCCACAUCAACGCCGCUACCUUACCUCACCCCAGCUGCUCCCGCCGCCGACUCACCCUCAGAGUACUUCACUCCCAUGAUAAUCCCCACUACACCUUCCCACGGGCCGGCGAAUCUCUCGCAACGCACUCCAAUCAUCAGACCCAUUUUCCCACCGGCAACUCCAGGAGCACUACCACCAAGAGUACCGCCGUCGUCGAGUAACGGCGGGGACCGGUCACAAUUCCGGCUGGCUCUUCCCGUGCCAAAUGGUGCCGCCAUCCCUGCGGCAACGAAUGUGGUACCGCAAGACAAUGGGCAGUCCUAUGGAAGCACAAUCCAACCCCGCGGUCAGAUGCAUCUUCCUCUCCCUUCACCACGCUUCAAUUUGUCGCUCCCCGUCACGCCAAAAGUGUGCGGAUCGCCGAAUUCACCGCCAGAACCGCAUGCUUUUGAACCGAUCGAGCUGGCCAAUUUACUGCACGCGCAGGGAUCCCCAAGACCCGCGAGUAUUACCUCUGCGGAAGGCAAUCCUUUGGUCCUCGUUCUCGACAUGCGAUCGUUUGUGCAAUAUUCUCGUCAGCGUGUAAAAUCAUCAGUCAACGUCUGCAUUCCUACAACGCUCCUCAAAAGGCCAACUUUUGGCGCCGACAAGCUAUUUGAUACACUGGCAUCUGACCACGCCAAAGACAUGCUCAAGCAGUGGACAAACAACACAUUUAUCAUUCUCUACGACAAUGAUUCAUCUCAAGUGUCGUCUGGUUCGCCACUCAUGCUUCUCGCUCGUAAACUUCAGCAAGGAAACACGACCGCGACUAUUGGAUGGCUUCGUGGAGGCUGUACAGAAUUUUGUCGAAAUUAUCCGGACCUCUGCGACAAUUCUCCACCACCCGUCGGAUCAGAAGGCAUUGGAUCACCACCGGGCGCGGCAGGAGGUCAAGGCCUGGCUCUGCCCAAUCUAGCUGGUAUGGGAAUGGGACUGACUGCCACUGGGGCUACUCCUGCAAAGAUUCGUGGAGGGCUGAACUUGUCUCUUGACCUUUCAGGUCUCGGGCCUCUCACCGCUCCGUCGGCUCUCGGUGCGUUAGCCGCUUCCAGACCUCCGCCGCAACCUACAUAUGCUGCGCAUACGAGUGUUCCAAGCAAGAGCCCGACUGAAAUAUUGAAGGAUGCAACUGUGGAUCCUGCCGACGUGAAUGUGCCGCUGUUCUUGAGAGAGCUUUUCCAAAAGGAGAAUGUCAAGGGGGCUAUCGAAGAAAACUUUAAUGCAGUCGAAGCCGCCGAAAAGAAGAGACUGGACUGCUCGUUUCGGGCGAGAACACGCACAGACCCGUUUUCUGUUUCUGAUGCCCUUGAAGCCGGUGCAACGCGGAAUCGGUACAAUAACAUUUGGCCGUUCAAUCACAACCGUGUCCGUUUGCACACCCCGACGCUGCCGAGUGUUCAGCCCUCAACGGCUGCACCCGGUUCCGACUACAUUAAUGCCUCCCACAUUGUUUCCCCCGCCGGACAUCGAACCUACAUUGCAACACAAGGGCCCAUUCCCUCAACGUUUGAAGAUUUUUGGCGUAUGGUAUGGGAACAAGAAUCGGGUGUGAUUCUCAUGUUGUGUGCAGAUGCGGAUGUACAAAGGGGAAGUCAGACAUGUCACAAAUAUUGGCCAGAGGAAUCAACACCGGUCUUGAAGCUCAACCGAGUCGAAGUAACAUUGCUCAAAGAGAGUAAUAUCAGCUGGGGCCAAGAUGACAAAGCAAAGGGCAGCGACAUGGUCGUGCGAUGCUUUAAAGUUGUUGUGGACGGCCAAGACGCCAGUGCACGAGAAAUCUACCAAAUUCAGUAUUUGGGCUGGCCUGACCACGGUGUUCCAGAUCACCCCGACGAAAUGCUCCGAAUCCAGUACCUAGCCGACAAACUCCACGGACGCCUCGCCAAACAAUCCUCUAGCAUGGUCGGGCCCAUGGUUGUUCACUGCAGUGCCGGAUGCGGACGUACAGGUGCCUUUAUCUGCGUCGACGCCGUCCUAGCCCUCCUAAAGCACUCGGAUACACCCUUUACAUCAUCGACUCCCACACCACCCGAAUCCGACCCCCAAUCCUGGUCCAUUGUUCGCCCCAUUCUUACACCCACAACAUUUUCAUCCAAUGCCCCGCAUGACAUGAUUCUAGCCUCAGUUCACCACCUCCGAAGCCAACGCAUCCUCAUGGUACAAAGCCUCAGUCAGUUUGCAUUCUGCUAUGAAGUCGUUGGAAGGUUUUGCCGUGUCUCUUCUUUGCAUGGGUACGAGGAUAUCGUCAUGCCUCCCCUUAUCGAAAAAUUACUUGAUGAAGUGUUUGAUGAUAUGGAAGGUGUCGUUCAUGGACGUAAAAGAGAGCGAAACAUGUCUACAGAUGACCAUUUUGAGCGGUUGAAAAGGGUUGGAACAAGAGGAACAGAGUAAAACGGUUUUAAUUAUUGGAUAUGAAAGAAAAGAGUGGGAAUGGGGGAAACAGGAAAAAAGGGUUUUUUAAUUGGACAUACGUAUUUUGGGGAUCCCACUUUUUUUUUCUUUUUUCUUUUUGUAUACCACGUUUUUUUUCUUAUCUUUAAAAACACUUGGGGUUGAGAUCCUUUGUAGUCUUGGUUCUACAAACUGUUGAGGUGGUGUGUGUGUGUGGUUUUUUGUUUUUUUUCCUUUUGUGUAAUUUGAAAUACAAAUGAUUUGAACUUCAAGGGUUGCAUCCUACAAUAGUAGAUAAUAUUAUC